AUGAGCGCCUUCGGCGCCUCUGAGUCUGGUCAAGCUCAGAGUUCGUACAACGGCGAGGGUGCCCAACAGUUUAUAAUGCCUACAAUUAGUGUCCCCAGCCGACGACCAUUUACCGAAGUUGGAAAAUCCUUGGGGAGGCUCAAAUUGCUCGUGGCGGGCAAAUCAGGUCUCGGGAAGACAUCUUUGAUCAGAGCUAUCACGCAGUCAUGUCCUCACGUUGUGCAUGUUGAUCCCACAGUGCCUAUCGCCAUGGCAUCCACCGGACUGCUGCCAACGAAUACGCUUCCCUACGACCCUCCAAUGGCCCAGGGUUCCUGUCGGAUUACUAAAACACUCGCCAGUACAAAGCCGUAUCCCCAGUGGUGGAGAGAACCAACCUCGAUCAGUUCCCUAUCUGGUUCCGAUACUGCCGGCGACAUGGUUCUAGACAGGAACGUCUGCUUUGUUGACACGCCAGGUUACCAGGAAACAUGUCGGCCGUCCGAUACUGUUGAGCAAGUUUCGCACUACGUCGAAUCACACUUGCACAAAUGUCGACUCGACGACCUCAAUGAUUCCAAUGUCUUAAGGACCAUUAGUGGAGGAGGUGGUCUACUUGUAGAUGCCGUGCUGUAUAUGAUUUCCUCUUCAGGCCUCAGUUCGACCGACCUGCACUAUAUUCGCCAGCUUCAGUCGCUCACGAACGUCGUGCCUCUCCUGGCUCAGGCAGAUUUGCUAACAGCGGGUGAGAUGACAAAAAGCAAAGAACGGAUUUCCCGCCAGCUAGCCGAUGCUGGCCUUGACCUUUUUACGUUUACUUCACAAGGUCUGGAUGCGGCAGGAACGUUGAACAUCUUCGCAAUCUCUAGCAAGACCGGCACAGACGACGAUGUAAUGGAUGCUAGUAUCCUAAUGAGUCCGGAAUAUGUUCAACCUCUAGUACCGACGGACCUUUCCAGCCUAGUGAGCUAUAUCUUCAGCUUCGAUGGGGCAGCAUGCUUGCGUCACAACGCGGCAAACAAGCUACUUGGUUGGCGUCGUCGGGACGCUGCCACAGGCAACGCGUCUUUCGCCAUCGCAGCACAAACAGGUUCGACAGCAGAGAGAAGAAUGCUUCUCACUAGGACCAAUUUUUCGACCCCUCUCACUGUGAGCCGCGUGUCGAACUACAGCCAGCACGAGGAGCGCUUCUGCCGCCUCCAACUGACGAACUGGGCUGCAGAUUUACAGCGCAGUCUGGUCAUCAACCACCUCCAGCAGAUUUGCGACGAAUUCGUAAAAAGAGUAGCUCGCAAAAGGGAAGAAGGAAAUGAGGCUCUCAUUAGAGAUGCGAGAGGCCAGAUUUUCACCUAUGGCAGCUUUCGCCUGGGCGUCUACGGCCCCGGCUCCGAUAUCGAUACCCUCGUCGUCGCCCCCAAGUACGUUACUCGGUCCGAUUACUUCGAAAUAUUCCCCGGUCUGCUCAAGGAAAUGGCCCCUUCCGACGCAAUAACGGAUAUGGCAGUGGUGGAGGAUGCCUUCGUCCCCAUCAUCAAGUUCGAAUUUUUUGGCAUCAGCAUCGACUUGAUUUUCUCCCGUAUUGCCAUGCUGAAGCAGCUGCCCAAGGAGUUCAAUGUCCAGGACUCCGGCUUGCUUCGAGGUCUAGACGAGGCAGAACUUCGCUCCUUGAAUGGUACGCGUGUUACCGACGAGAUUCUAAGUCUUGUACCGGAAGAGGCUACCUUUAAGUUAGCUCUGCGCGCCAUCAAACUUUGGGCACAGCGACGUGCAAUCUAUGCCAACAUCAUGGGCUUCCCCGGUGGUGUGGCAUGGGCAAUGCUUGUCGCUCGAGUUUGCCAGCUGUAUCCGAAGGCCGCCAGCUCUGUCAUCGUUAACAAAUUCUUCCACAUCAUGCGCCGUUGGCCGUGGCCGCAACCCGUACUGCUGAAGAAUGUGGAAGGUGGUCCUCUGCAGGUCCGCGUCUGGAAUCCCAAGGUUUAUAAAGGGGAUCAAUUCCACCUCAUGCCCGUCAUCACCCCCGCCUACCCUUCCAUGUGUGCGACCUACAAUAUUACACGAUCUGCCAUGACGGUCAUUCAACAGGAGUUGACAAGAGGUUGCGAGAUUACAGACAACAUCAUGGUUGGCAAGAAUCCUUGGAGUGAUCUGUUUGUGAAGCAUACCUUCUUCACCCAGGGAUACAAAUACUACAUUUCAGUUAUCACCGCGAGUACUGACAAAGAAGCCCACAAGAUAUGGUCUGGUUACGUCGAGUCAAAAGUUCGUGUCUUGGUCCAGGGCUUGGAGCAGCAUCAGUCUAUAGCAUUGGCACAUGCGUUCAAUAAGGGCUACGAGCGCCGUCACAGAUGCACGAGCGACGAAGAGGUCCAGCAAAUCCAGGCAGGAAGCUUGAAUUUCCUUGUCAAAGACAGCCAGGUCACAGACGACACGGGUGCUUUGAAGGAAGAGAAGCUCGAAACCAAAGCUGAGCUGAACGGGAUUCCAGGUCUCAAGACCGAGACAGACAACAUUCCCGGGCUUGAAGCUGAAGCGCUUGACACGAACGUGGGUUCAAAGAAGGAGAUCAUCGAAGAGGACAAGUUCAAAUUGGAGGAUGAGCAUCAGGUCAAGCUGGAGGACUGCAAACCGCGGUCGCCUCUGGCCGAAGUGUUCACGACAACGCACUAUAUCGGCCUUACAUUGAGCGAAGGCGCCAAAUCGCUUGAUCUAUCGUAUCAGGUGGACAACUUCAAGUCGCUGUGUACUUCGUGGGAUAAAUAUGAGCCCACACUCAACUCCCUGACGGUCCAGCAUGUGCGAAGUUUCAACCUCCCCGACGACGUUUUCGAACCUGGCGAAAAGAAGCCCCUGAAGCCUCAGAAGAGGCAAAAUGCCACCAACGGGGCUGCGCAAGUCAAGAAACGAGGUGCUUCAGAGGAAACUCCACAACCUCCAGCAAAACGCCAGGCCGCUUCUGUGACAGCGGCCGGUUGA